AAAAAAAAAAACAUUAUAAUAGAUCAUGUUUUUUUUUUUGGCUGAUCUCACAUGAUUAGAUCUUAUCUCAACUUCCCAUCUUUGCUCAGAAGGUCAGGGGGCAACAUCAGUUACCACAUUUAACACCUCUGGUUCUCUGAUUAUGAAUUCUACAGCUGCGUUGCUGAGGACUACUGCACAGCAUCCAUGGACUGGGAGGACAUCUUACCCUUAUCUAAUUGACAUUACAUCUGCCAGUGUGGGUACACCAGUUACGGAUUAUGAUUAUUCUUUGUACUACAAUAAUGGUGAUGAUCCAUCUGUAUUGGCCUGUGAUUAUGGAACUUAUGGAGCUAGCAUCCUCCCUGUGUUAUAUUCCCUGUUUUUCAUCGUUGGCUUUCUGGGUAACAUACUGGUGAUCUGGGUGGUCUUGCUGGGUGUGAAGCUUAGAAGCAUGACUGACAUCUGUCUUCUGAACCUGGCUGUAGCUGACCUGUUCUUGGUCUGCUCCCUCCCCUUCCUAGCACACAGUGCCAGAGACCAAUGGAUCUUUGGAGAUUUCAUGUGCACUAUGGUUUUCAGUGUCUACCACAUUGGAUUCUAUAGUGGGAUAUUCUUCAUUGUUCUGAUGAGUGUUGAUCGAUACUUAGCUGUAGUUCAUGCUGUGUUUGCUUUGAGAGUCAGAACUAGGACAUAUGGGAUCUUAGCCAGUGUGAUCAUAUGGAUCAUUGCAGUUUCAGCAUCCUUUCCUGAGCUGUUAAAUCUCAAAACCACACAGGUGAAUAAUUUAACUUACUGUAUAUAUUAUCCAACAAAUCAUGUAGAUUCUAGUCAUUAUUCAAUGAUUACUGGCAUCUUAAGAAAAAAUAUCAUGGGUUUAAUUCUUCCACUUAUUGUUAUUGGAUUUUGUUACUCAAUGAUUCUGAUGAAACUCCUGACAGCUCGCUCUUCCAGGAGGCAGGCCAUGCGUCUUGUCAUCGCGGUAAUGGUGGUCUUCUUCUGCUGUUGGGCUCCAUACAAUGUUGCAGCUUUUGUGAAAGCCUUAGAGCUGAGUGAACAUAUAACCUCAACUUGUGAGAGCAGUAAGGCAAUCAAUAUAAGCUUGCAGAUCACAGAAGCUUUGGCUUACUCACACAGCUGUGUGAAUCCCUUUCUUUACGUGUUUGUGGGAGAGAAAUUUAGGAAGCAACUUUUCAGACUCCUGUACAGGACACCCUUCAGUAGAGUGCAGUUUAUGAAGAGCUACAUUAUACAGGGCACAGGAUCUGUUUACUCACAGACCACUAGUGUGGAUGAGAGAUCAACUAUAGCAGUUUAAGUAAAAUAACAA